CACUGAAAAAGUUUAAAAAUCAUCAUCACGUGCACGGUUGACAAAGUGGUGAAAUAUCAGGAUGUCUACUUUAAAGGAGUUGUGUGCAGGUCUGCCAUUGGAUCCCCUCCCUAAUCCCCGCCCCAGGGAUGAGGAUGUACCUCAUGCACCUGUACGCACACCUAACCUGACACCCCAGGAGCAAAGGCAAGCCUUGGAGAAUGCAUUGCGAUAUUUCCCUAGUACCAGCCACCCUGUACUUGCUCCUGAGUUUGCCCUUGAGCUGCAGCAGUAUGGUCACAUCUAUAUGUACAGAUUCCGCCCCAGCAUUGAGAUGAGAGCAUAUCCUAUAUCAGAAUAUCCCUGUGAGAGCCAACAAGCUGCAGCAAUUAUGCAUAUGGUAAUGAACAACCUUGACCCUUGUGUUGCCCAGUUCCCACAUGAACUCGUCACUUAUGGAGGCAACGGACAGAUCUUUUCAAACUGGGCACAGUUCCUAUUGAUGAUGCACUACCUGUCUAUUAUGACAGAGGAACAGACACUUGUGAUGUACUCCGGCCACCCUAUGGGACUCUUCCCUAGUCAUUCCAAUGCCCCUAGAGUCAUAGUCACUAAUGGCAUGGUGAUUCCUAACUAUUCAUCUAGAGAGAUGUAUGAAAAAUUGUUUGCACUGGGAGUCACCAUGUAUGGUCAAAUGACGGCUGGAAGUUACUGCUAUAUUGGACCCCAGGGCAUUGUACAUGGAACAACUUUGACUGUCCUUAACGCUGGUAGGAAAUAUCUUGGUGUAAAUAACUUGCAAGGAAAGGUUUUUGUGACAGCUGGUUUAGGGGGAAUGUCAGGUGCCCAGGCAAAAGCUGCAGUAAUUGCUGGAUGUAUUGGAGUCAUUGCAGAGAUAAGUCGUGAGGCUAUUGAGAAGCGUCACAAGCAAGGCUGGUUAAUGGAAAUGACAGACAAUCUUGACAAAUGUGUUGCCAGAAUAAAACAAGCUAAAAAACAUGGAACAGUUCUGAGUCUUGGUUACCACGGUAAUGUUGUCGAUUUAUGGGAAAAGCUAGCAGAUGAAUAUGACAAAACAGGGGACUUGCUUGUUGAUCUUGGCUCAGAUCAAACAUCUUGUCAUAACCCAUUCCUAGGGGGCUACUACCCCGUACAAGUGACGUAUGAUGAGGCCAGAGAACUCAUGCACAAAGACCCUACACACUUCAAAAACCUAGUGCAAGAAAGUCUCUGCCGCCAUGUUUCUGCCAUUAACAGACUCUCAGAGAGGGGCAUGUAUUUCUGGGACUAUGGGAAUGCAUUCCUCCUUGAAGCAUCAAGAGCAGGUGCAGAUGUAAUGAAAGAUGGCGCCACAUCAGACACAGAAUUCCGCUACCCAUCAUAUGUACAGCACAUCAUGGGGGACAUAUUUUCCCUUGGAUUUGGUCCAUUUAGAUGGGUGUGUACGUCAGGAGAGGCAGAAGACCUUGAGAGAACCGAUGAAAUAGCAGCUACAGUGAGUGAGGCCAUUGUGAAGACUGGUGUGUCCGAGAAUGUGAAACAACAGUACAAUGACAACAUCAAGUGGAUCAGGGAGGCAGGGAAACAUCAAAUGGUGGUGGGGUCUCAGGCCAGAAUCCUCUACUCUGACCAGGAAGGUAGAACAGCUAUAGCUCUAGCAUUCAAUAAAGCAGUGGCAGAAAAAGCAUUAAAAGGCCCAGUAGUAAUAAGCAGGGACCACCAUGAUGUCAGUGGGACAGACAGUCCAUUCAGGGAGACCUCUAACAUAUAUGAUGGCUCUCAGUUUUGUGCCGACAUGGCAGUUCAGAACUGCAUUGGGGAUAGCUUUAGGGGUGCCACUUGGGUAGCCCUACAUAAUGGUGGAGGGGUUGGAUGGGGAGAGGUAAUCAAUGGAGGGUUUGGCCUUGUGCUUGAUGGUUCAGAUGAGGCUGCAGCUAGGGCCAAGUCAAUGCUGGCUUGGGAUGUCUCAAAUGGGGUUGCUAGGAGAUGUUGGUCAGGUAAUGACAAUGCUAGGCAGGCCAUUAAUGAAGCUAUGAAGCAAAACAAUAAACUGAAAGUGACUGUACCACAUAAAGUAGAAGAUACUGCAAUCUUGGACUGUGCUUUUAAAUCUUAAUACUGUAGGCCCAGAAUAAAACAUCUUAGUUUCGUGCCAACAUAAUUGACCAUGCAAACCCCAGGAAAAAAUGGAAUAUUUGUAAUGUGUUCAAGUGUACUGAGAACUUUAAAAAAGUUUAUAGAGUAAAACCUGUCUAAUCAAAGUGCCACUAGGUCUGAAAAUUUGUAAUGGUGUUUUAUAAAAAAUGUUCAGAAAUAGCCACGGAAAUAGCUCAAUCGAAUUCAAAGAGCAGUUGUUUUAUUUUGGAAUCAUAACUUUUUUGGCAAUUUAUAUUUUUCCAUAAAGUGCAGCAUCCGUCUUUAUUGUCUUUAUUCUUUGAGAAAAGUACAAUGAUUUACUGAUGACACAUAAUAAUAAUGAGUUGACAUUUGUUAAUAUUUGUUAUGAAGAUACUGAUAUAUGAUUGUAAGACGGGGGGGGGGGGGAAACCCCAGUGUACAGAGAUACCAUAUGUCUAUAUUGUACGUCUGAAUUGAGAUAACAAUAUGUUGAUUUCUGGCAUGUUAACCAAUAUAAAUUAAAAGCUUGUCAUUUCACAAGAUAAAGAAAGAUGUAAGGAAUAUAUGCCUAUAUCGAUUAAAACAUCACAACGACAUGUUACAUUGGAAAACUAUAACUGGUGAAAGUCAGAUAAACAAAGGUGGAAAGCAAGAGACGAAAUUAUGUUGGUCAUUUCUAAGCUCUGGGGGUUUCCCUCCUCUUAUACAUGUAUUAUUAUAAAAAAAAAUUACAACAAAUUUUUGAAUAACAUAUUUUUUUUUAUUAUAAUCAAUAAAAGAAGUGCAAUAAAAUGAAUAUGGAUUUGAACGCUGUACCUUUCUAC